AGCGAUAACUUAUAUCACAAAUAACAAGUCAAAUAUAAACUGAGGAGGAUACUUACCUAUUUUCUCAAUGAAAAAUGUUUAAAAAUCCACCAGCCCCAGGUACUCUGAUAUGGGGUUGGUGGAUUUUGAUAAUAUUUCUAUAUUAUGUAAAAUUUAUAUUAUUUAAUUGUUACAUAGCAUAGAUAUAUUUAUCAUUAAUGUUAUAUAUAAAAUGUUAUUUGUCUGUACAGUGUCAUCAGAUUAAUUCAACAGUACCUGAAAGAGUCCAACUUAACAAAGACCUUACAAACUUUACAAGAGGAAACGGGCGUCACACUGAACACGGUGGACAGCGUCGACGGGUUCUGUGCGGACAUAAACAACGGGCACUGGGACACGGUCCUGAAGGCGACGGCUUCGUUGAAACUGCCCGACAAGAAGCUGAUGGAUCUGUACGAGCAGGUGGUCCUCGAGCUGAUCGAGUUGCGCGAGCUCGGAGCCGCGCGCUCGCUCUUGCGCCAGACUCAUCCCUGUUUGCUCAUGAAACAGCAGGAACCGGAUCGGUACAUUCACCUCGAGAACCUGGUGGCGCGGUCGUACUUCGACCCCCGCGAGGCGUACGGCAGCGGCGUGGGCGGCGCGGGGGGCGCGGGCGGCGGCGGCAAGGAGCGGCGGCGCGCGGCCGUGGCGGCGGCGCUGGCGGGCGAGGUGUCGGUGGUGCCCAGCUCGCGCCUGCUGGCGCUGCUGGGGCAGGCGCUCAAGUGGCAGCAGCACCAGGGCCUGCUGCCCCCAGGUACGACGAUCGAUUUGUUCCGUGGUAAGGCCGCUAUCAGAGACGAGGAGGAGGAUCAGUGCCCGACGCAACUCUCCAAGAUGAUCAAGUUCGGACAGAAGUCUCACGUGGAGUGCGCCAGGUUCUCCCCCGACGGGCAGUACCUGGUGACUGGCUCGGUGGACGGGCUGGUGGAGGUGUGGAACUUCACGACGGGCAAGAUCCGCAAGGACCUGCGCUACCAGGCGCACGACGAGUACAUGACCAUGCAGGAGGCCGUGCUCAGCCUCGCCUUCGCGCGCGACUCCGACACGCUCGCCGCCGGCUCCAACGACGGGAAAGUCAAGGUGUGGAAGGUGUCCAGCGGGCAGGUGCAGCGGCGGCUCGACCGCGCCCACUCCAAGGGCGUCACGUGCCUGCAGUUCACCAGGGACAGCUCGCAGCUGCUGUCCGCCUCCUUCGACCGCACCGUCAGGAUCCACGGGCUGAAGUCUGGCAAGAUCCUGAAGGAGUUCCGCGGCCACGCGUCGUUCGUGAACGAGGCCGUGUUCACGCCCGACGCGCACCACGUGCUGUCCGGCUCCUCCGACGGCACGGUCAAGGUGUGGUCGCUGCGCACGGGCGAGUGUGUGGCGACGCACGCGCCGCUGGGGGGGGGCGAGCCCGCCGUCAACUCGCUGCUGCUGACGCCCAACAACCCCGACCACUUCGUCGUGUGCAACAGGACCAACACCGUCGUCGUCAUGAACAUGCAGGGCCAGAUAGUGCGGUCGUUCUCGAGCGGGCGGCGCGAGCAGGAGGGGGGCGCGCUCGUGGCGGCGGCGCUCAGCGCGCGCGGGCGUCUGCUCUACUGCGCCGCCGAGGACCUCGUGCUGUACGCCUUCUGCACCACCACCGGCAAGCUGGAGCGCACCAUCACGAUCCACGAGAAAGCGGUGAUAGGUCUGACGCACCAUCCGCACCAGAACCUGCUGGCCACCUACAGCGAGGACGGCCUGCUCAAGCUGUGGCGCCCGUGAAGCGCCGCCGCCGCCCCCGCCCCCGCCCCCGCGGCUACAACGAUGACCUUAGUGUUCAUUAUGAAUCUGCGAUGGAUUUUUUGUUUAAUUGUCGACAUAAUGUCGCUUUUAUAUCUCGAUAGAUUGUCUAAUUUUUGUAUUGUGAAAUCCGUAAUGUGACGCCGGUCCGGGCGACCGCAUCUGUUUAGUGCGUGUAUCGAUUCUCAGUGAACGAUGUUUUCGGUGAACUAUUUUGAUACGAAAAGUUUGGAACGAUAGACCUACAUUAUAGUAGGUGAAUUCAGUGGCCGUUAAGUCUACCAACAUACUGGAACGACGACGUCGUUUCAUAUCUUAAGUGUACUAAAUAAGCAUUUUGUAAUAAAUAUAUUUUAUGACC